AGUUUCUCUUCAGGCCACUCUCAGAACACCGAGCCUUGCAGUCAGUUCUGCUUUUCCCACAGGAUCUGCUGUUGGUUGUGUGCUCUGUAGAGCUUUGUUGCUAGCUGUUCUCUGACAAAGCUUGUUCUGUGCAGCACAUCUCGUCCUCUUUGUUCAGUCUCUGGCUUCAAACACUGAAUCACAAAUAUUCUCCAGCUGGGAAUCAGACAAGAGUAGAGAUGAAGAACCCAGAAGCCCAACAGGAUGUUUCGGUUUCCCAGGGAAUUCGCGUGAUGUUUUACAUGAUGACGCCCAAUGAAACAUCAUUCCAAACCCUAGAAGAAGUGCCUGAUUAUGUCAAAAAGGCAACUCCAUUUUUCAUUUCCUUGAUACUGCUUGAGCUGGUUGUCAGCUGGAUUCAUAAAGGGAAGCCAUCAGGUCGUAUGGAUGAUGCAUUAACAUCAAUAUCAGCCGGUGUUCUGUCUCGGCUUCCGAGCUUGUUUUUCAGGAGUAUUGAACUGACCAGUUAUGUUUAUGUCUGGGAGAACUACAGUCUCAUCAGUUUGCCUUGGGAUUCUCCAUGGACUUGGUGUAUAACCUUCUUGGGAGUUGAUUUUGGCUACUACUGGUUCCAUCGCAUGGCUCAUGAGGUUAAUAUUAUGUGGGCUGGACACCAAACACACCACAGUUCUGAAGACUAUAACUUAUCCACAGCACUAAGACAAUCUGUCUUCCAAGUAUAUACUUCCUGGAUAUUCUACAUUCCCUUGGCCCUCUUCAUACCACCUUCAGUAUAUGCUGUUCAUCUUCAGUUCAAUCUCCUCUAUCAAUUUUGGAUCCAUACAGAGGUCAUCAAUAAUCUUGGCCCUUUGGAACUGAUUCUUAAUACUCCUAGCCAUCAUAGGGUUCAUCAUGGUAGAAACCGUUACUGCAUAGAUAAAAACUAUGCUGGCACCCUUAUUAUAUGGGAUAGAAUUUUUGGAACAUUUGAAGCAGAAAAUGAAAAAGUAUCCUAUGGUCUAACGCAUCCUAUUAAUACAUUUGAGCCAUUCAAAGUGCAGUUCCACCACUUAAUUUACAUAUGGACUACAUUCUGGGCUACACCUGGAUUCUUCAAUAAGUUUUCUGUCAUAUUUAAAGGGCCAGGAUGGGGUCCAGGUAAACCAAGGCUUGGACUGAGUGAAGAAAUUCCAGAGGUCACAGGAAAAGAAGUUCCCUUCUCCUCAUCGGCAUCUAAAUUAUUACAGAUAUAUGCAGUUAUACAGUUUGUCCUGAUGCUAGUAUUUUAUGAAGAGACCUUUACCAACAGAGCUGCACUAUCACAGGUCACUCUCCUGCUGAGAGUUUGCUUCAUUAUCCUUACCUUGACCUCCAUUGGAUUUCUUCUGGAUCAAAGACCUAAAGGAGCUGUUCUGGAAACUUUCCGUUGCCUGACUUGCCUAGUGGUGUGUAGAAAUGGCCUCUUGAAACCUUUGAUCCCUUCCUUGUCAUUUGCUUUCGAGAUUUUUUUUGCCAUCUGCAUUGCUUUCUGGGGAGUGAAAUGCAUAAAACAACUUGUCUCCAGCCCUUGGAAAUAACUUGUUUGUACAUAAUUCUAUUAUUUUAAUCAGUUGCUUGUAACCAGUGUUAUUGCAGUCUAUAGGAAUAUAACUAUCUUAUACAAUGAUUGUAAGAAACAUUUUUUAAUGAAAGGCAUAUAUACUUAUAUACUCUUCUUGCUUUCCUCAUUAUUAUUUUCUAUUAAAACUUUCUUUUAUUGCCAGAAUCAAAGGCAAAUUAUUUCACAUAUAAUGAUGCUAUUUUACUGGUAGUAUCUAAGCCAAUAAGAAUAAGAGAAAGGGAGAAAAAUUAAAAAUAGUAAAAAGAAUUAUUGCAUUUGUAUCAAUUUGAUUUUUCCUUUGACAUUUGUUAACAUUAUGUUUGCAUACAUAUUUCUCAUCAUAAAAAAAUUUCAUUAUUUGUCAGCAUGAGGCUAUAUUUACCUUUGUAAACCAUAUAGCCUACAUUACAGAAAAAGACAUCACUGAAAUGAAAAUGAAUAGAAUUUGUCAGAAUUAAUUUAUUCAGCAGAUUAAUGUGUGAUACAUAUUCUGAUGUAUUUGAUCAAUUUGUUUUGGCAGAAUGAGUAGCAUGCAGUAAUUCUCUGUUAUUUUAAA